GAUGUAGGAGUUUACGAGGAUCACCUGAAUGCGGCAUACGUUUCUCAGCCGGUGUUUUCAUAUUUUUACGCCCCUCGGCUCUUGUACGGUGGUUUCCAUGCUUCAGAGACGACAAACGUAGCGGACAGGGGUGACAUGACUCUGACCAGAGGAUCUUUCACCUACGCCAGUGGGGAAGAGUACCACGGCGAGUGGAAAGAAGGUCGGAGGCAUGGUGUGGGCCAGCUCAAGUUUCAGGAUGGAACCUGCUUCUCCGGCCAGUUCGAGAAUGGACUCUUUCACGGCUCUGGUGUGCUGCUCUUUACAGAUGGAUCCAGGUACGAAGGAGAAUUUGCACAUGGGAAGUUUCAAGGCACAGGAGUCUUCAGUAGAUUCGACGGCAUGAAGUUUGAAGGAGAAUUCACAGAUGGACGUGUUGAGGGAUAUGGGCUAUUGACUUUCCCAGAUGGAGCUCAUGGUGUCCCGCGAAACGAGGGCCUGUUUCAAAACCACAAGCUGCAGAAGAGAGAGAAGUGUCCAGGAGUGGUGCAACGUGCGCAGGCUUCAGCCUCCAGCGCCCGCACUCUGGCGCUUUGACUGUCAUGGACCUCAGAGGAGACACGGUCAGGGUUCCAGCAACUUCCAGGAGGGCCUCAGGGAUGUGUACUCGUAUACUCCCCUCCAGCUCUUCUCUCUGUGUCUUUCUCUCUUUUUUUCACCAUCACUUUCUUUUUCUGCAUCUUCCUCGCUUAGCCGUCACAGUGGCUUGGAAUGCACAUGCAAUUUGACCAAACAAUGGCUUUCUGUAUGACUGACUUGAAAUGCACAACACCAUGAAGCACACCUUUAACUUCACAAGUCAUGUUAACACCAAAUGCUGCUGUUUUGUUCCUUGUACUCAUAAACAGUGUCUUAGUGGUUUCUCUAGAAUAGUUAGCUUCAUAUAUCAGACAGCGGAAAAUAGGAGACCUCUUCUUACCAUGCAAUUGCACAUCUGGUACUUUAAAGGUCCAGUGUGUAGGAUUUAGGGGGAUAUAUUGGCAGAAAUGGAAUAUAAUAUAAUAAUUAUGUUCCGUUAAGUGCUUGUCACGUUUUAUUACCUUAGAAUGAGCCAUUAAUAUCUUCAUAGGGAGCAGAUCCUUGUCCAUAGAGAUCGCCAUGUUGCACCACCAUGUUUCUACAGAAGCCCAGAAAGAACAAACCAAAUACUGACUCUUGAUAGGGCCAUUUGUGUUUUU